CCUUGCCAUUCCUCCUACAAGAAUUCUUGUCCAUCCAACCAAUAUGACAAACCCGCUAUUGCACAAGCCGAUCCUUCUGCUGGAUGGCGGACUAGGCACAACGCUUGAGGACGAGCACGGUAUAAGAUUCUCGUCUGCAACACCACUAUGGUCAUCGCACCUUCUGAUCGACAACGUGGGGGCCCUCAGAACGGUCCAGCGCGAUUUUGCAGAAGCAGGAGCAGACAUUAUUCUUACUGCCACCUAUCAGGCGAGCUUCCACGGCUUCAAGAAUACUCGAAUUACAAAAGAGGACGGUAUUGAUCGAGAAGAAGCAAGGAGAUAUAUGUUCUCUGCAGUGAGAAUUGCUCGAGAAGCCUUCAAUGGACAACCGGGCCUGGUGGCUCUGAGCUUGGGUGCAUACGGUGCGACCAUGGUUCCUAGUACUGAAUAUACUGGACAAUACGGUGACAUGACUGAAGACGACCUCCUCUGCUUCCACGUCGACAGGAUCUUGUGCUUUGUGGAUAGUGCAGAGUGGGAGGAUAUUGAUUUGAUCGCAACCGAGACUCUGCCGAGAAUCGACGAAGUAAGAGCAGCAAGGAGAAUGAUGAAAAAAGUGCACGACAAGCCCUAUUGGAUAUCCUGUGUCUUCCCAAAUAGCCGCGAGGAAUUGCCUGACGGUACAGGCGUGGAAGAAUUGGUCAAGACGAUGCUGGAGGGGGAGCGAACCCCGUACGCAAUUGGUAUUAAUUGUACAAAGGUCCAUAAGAUUGCCAGCUUGAUCAAGAGAUUCGAAGAUGCUGCAAAUGUGCAUGCUCUAGAGCUUCCGAGACUGGUCAUCUAUCCAGACGGUGCUGGCGGGAAGGUGUACGACACCAAAUUGCAGAAAUGGAUAGGCGAUGACGAGGGCCAAUUGCCGUGGGAUCAGCAAGUGUACAGUAUUAUCGAGGAGGUGGCAGAGAGAGCUAAAUGGAAAGGGGUCAUUGUGGGUGGAUGUUGCAAGACCAGACCGGACCAUAUCAAGAAGUUGGCUGCGAGACUGCGCGAGUUGAGAUAG